AAACUCAUUACGAAGGCAAGAAAUUGAAAACCACUCCCAUCGACCACCUCAUGAAGGUUAUUGAGAGAAUGCCAAGAGUGUAUAAACCCAUUAUUCGGAGAUGUAUUUGGAAACCUGUCACACCAAAAAACUGAUCUCAUAGCUGCUGACAAGGAUUUGAAUCAUUAUCUGUAAACAGAACAGAAAUCCUUAAAAUAUACUACCCAAAUGGGAUGCAACCAUCUGUAAGGAUGGCAGACAAGCAGUUCACCUUAUCUGAAGAUGGCAAUGGCACAGUAGAUAAUUCAAGACAAUAUUCAUUUGUAAUCGUCAAGGAGGAGCCAGUCUCAUGUGAUACAGAUAAUCCUACAUACCGUGCUGUCUAUACAAUCACAGAUCAUAAACUGCAAGAAGCAUCUUCUUACAUUAAAGAAGAACCAACCUCAUGUGAUAUCACACAUCUCUGGAACAAUGCCACAUGUACACAGAAUGAUCAUACACUAAAAACAUCUACUCCUAAGGAGGAACAUGAUUCAUCUGACAGAAGUAGUUCUAUCAAUGCAGACAGCUGUAUACCCACAGACUAUAGAAAACAAGAUCUGUCCUCUCCUAUUAAGGAAGAAUCAGACCCAUUUCAUAGUGGUGGUCUCACCACUUUAUGUCAUACAGAACAGGAACUAGUUAAAAUGAAAAAGGAACCAGCCUCAUGGGAUGGAGAAAAUAUAAUAAAUCCUAAAGUAUAUAAGCCAGUAGAUCUUGCACAAGAAUAUCUGCCACAUGAUAUUAAGGAGUCCAAUUUAAAUGACGCGCCAAACACUGACAUUAAUUCAGUCAUAAGUGAUACAAAGUGCCUGUUGACUCACAUAAAGCAGGGACCAGAUUCAUUUAGUGAAAAGAAUAUGUUGGACAAAAACUGGUAUGCACUUAGAGAGAGUACAGAUUUAUCUCAUCUUCAGGGUGUUCACAUUAAGCAGGACAACUCAGUUAUUCCUCCCAAUAAAAGCAGCAGGAACAUUGAAGACUGUGAGUUUAUAUGUGUUGACUGUGAAGGAAGUUUUAGUGAUAUCUCAGAUCUGAGAAAACAUCAGUGUCAUCAUGUUAAGCAGAAGGUAUUUCACAAUUCUGACUCAGAGUCUGAAGACAUCCAAAAUCCGAGUUCAUAUGAAUGUCUACAGUGUUAUAAAGUUUUCCACGCUAAUUCUCAACUGCUUGUCCAUAAAAAAAAACACACAGGAGAAAAGCCGUUUAAGUGUACUUGUGGAAAGCGGUUCUCUGAGAAAGGAAAGUUAGUCCGACAUGAACAAACUCACACUGGCGAGAGACCGUAUGCCUGUGUAGAGUGCAGUAGACAGUUUGCUGAGAAAGGCAAACUAGACAGGCAUAAAAAAACUCACAAAGAUGAAAGAUGCUCAGAAAGCGGAAAGCAUUUUCUAGAUACUACCCAACUUGCCGUACAUCAGCGAAUUCACAGAGGAGAGAAACCUUUCGAGUGUUCGGAAUGUGACAAAUGUUUUCAGAGCAAUAACCAACUCUUGGUGCAUCAGAGAAGCCACACAGGUGAAAAACCUUUUGCGUGUAUGCAGUGUGGCAAACGGUUUACUGAAAAAGGUAAACUAGUGAGGCAUGAAAGGUCUCACACUGGUGAGAGACCAUUUGAAUGUAAACAAUGUGGAAAAUGUUUUGCAGAGAAAGGUAAGUUGUCCAGACACCAAAGAACUCACUUGGAAGAGAAAGAAUUUCGUUGUUCUGAAUGUGGUAAAGAUUUGAGCAAUAAGUUGUCACUCAUCAUUCAUCAGAGGAUACACACUGGUGAGAAACCAUAUGUUUGUUCUAAGUGCGGUAAAUGCUAUACGUACAAGUCCUCUCUAACAAAACAUGAGAACAUCCACUCACAGGAGAAUCAGUACACUUGUACGGAAUGUGGGCGACAUUUCAGUGAGAAACGGAAUUUGGUGCGGCAUUACCGGUCUCACACUGGAGAGAAGAAGUUUAUGUGUAUGGAGUGUGGCAAAAAUUACUGUGAUAAGUCAUCCCUAGUAAUCCACCAGAGGCUUCAUACCGGGGAGAAGCCAUUUGUUUGUUCAUACUGUGGAAAAUGUUACAGUGACAAAUCUUCUUUAGGAAAACAUGAGCGACUUCAUAGAGAGGGGAAAUUGUAGAAUGGUCUCUAAGGAGUUCUUGCUCAAAAUGAAAUGGAAACUGUAGUAGGAAUUAGGCUAUAUUCACAUAACAGUGGAGGAAAAACAGCCAUUAAAAAACGGUUAAAAGGUUUGUCUGUUUUUUUCUAAUUUUUUAUAUUGAUGACCUAUCCUCAGGAUAGGUCAUCAAUAUCAGAUCGGCGGGGGGCGGCCAACUCCCGCAGAUCAGCCGUUUGAACAGAAAACAUGAAAACAAAUGAA